CUGCCUUGACUUCGUGACCCUAUCUCUCAGCAAUCAACUAUCGACACCACGACCUCCUGACCUGAAGAGCCGCGAGCGUUCGUCGCACGACAUUACGUCCCCGAUAGCCGUAUUUAUCACUACGCUGACCCGGAUCCGCGGCUCGUUGACGACGACAACGACGAAGGCGAGUGCCCGCUUGUUUCCCGUUUCGGUACCCCGCCAUCAAACUUGGGCGAAGUGCCACGCAACCCAAGAAUACGGCUGCCUUGGACCGACAGCUGCCUGCGCACAAACUCAAAACCGACUCGAUCCCUCCCGAUCCACUCGGUCUCAAUAGUCAAUACCCCUAAACCCUACAGCUCAUAUCAUCAUGUCUGGCGUCUGGGGCUGGUUCGGCGGCGGCGGCGGCGGCGCCAAGAAGAAGAAUGACGCCAAGGACGCGAUCCUUGGCCUCCGGGUCCAGCUCGAUAUGCUCCAGAAGCGAGAGAAGCAUCUGCAAACGUUGAUGGACGAGCAAGACGCUAUCGCGCGGAAGAACGUCAGCACCAACAAGAAUGCCGCAAAGGCUGCCUUGCGCCGCAAGAAGGGCCAUGAACACAGCCUCGAGCAGACAAUCUCGCAAAUCACGACACUCGAGUCCCAGAUCAACGCUAUCGAGUCGGCAAACAUCAACCGGGAGACGCUCCUGGCGAUGGAGAAGGCCGGCCAGGCCAUGAAGGGCAUCCACGGCAAGCUCACCGUCGACAAGGUGGACCAAACAAUGGAGGAACUUCGCGAACAGAAUGCGCUCAGCGAGGAAAUCGUCAACGCCAUUACGACCGGCCAGACGGACGACAUCCUCGACGAAGACUUGGACCAGGAGCUGGAAAACAUGCAACAGGAGAGUUUGGACGAGCGAAUGCUCAGCACUGGUUCGGUGCCGGUGUCGGACGCCGUCCAUCGGAUGCCGGCCGCAGCAAACGGAGAAAUCAAAGGCAAGACACCCGUCGUCGAAGAGGACGAGGAGGAGGCCGAGCUCCGCAAGCUGCAGGCGGAGAUGGCAAUGUGAGAGGUCGCGGGCGUCAUGAGACCCUGCGGCGACGGACGAGAACGAACGGCAUAGCAUUCUUUGGUUGGGAUAAGACUUUCGGUGACUUGUACGGGAUCGCGACACAAAGGUGUGGCUGAUGCAAGACCAAGCCUCCCGGGAAAAGGAAAGUCGACUUUGCACGACAUACACGCCUCAAACUCUGCACACGCUUGCUUGCAUGCUUGCCUGCCUCCAACGGCGACAUAUCCGGAGCCGUCUUCGUCCACACAUGUUUCUCGGCUAUCUUGGUCCAUUUUCCUCACACCUGUUCACUGGCGUUGGCGUUUUAGGGGUACGCGGGGGUGUCAUUCGAUGGAAGUUGAUGGGAGUUUGACACGCUUUUUCUGGUUUGCUGGAGUGGCAGUUUUACAAGUCUCCGAGUUCUACCCGAGUGUCGUUUAUUUUUUCUCUCUUCUUCUUUCAUAGAACACCACAUAUUGAACAUUGUU